CAAAGAGGGUGGUGAUCCCGAUCAGGAAUACGCUGACAUCCAGCCUGGAGAUCUGACGGCGAAUCUUUAGACGACAAGGAGCAGAGCGCAAACUCGUAGGACACCCAACUAAUAUUUUUGCACGAUAUAUUUCUCCGGCUUCCCAGAAACCCUUCUGUUUCAUGUUCGCGCCUGCUCCAAGUGGUUCCGUGAGAUUGCGUCCUCCCUUCACCCCAUUGGUCGCUUUUCAUGGUUACACAGCAUAACGUGUUUGCCUUGUAGCUAUCAGCUCCUCAGCCUUGCUUCUCCCCUCCUCUCCACGCCACACCACACAACCUCACACAAGCCAUACGGGCGAUGAUGGCACUCAUCGGAAAUGCAUGGAAAGCACUCGACGGCUUCGGCCAAGAAGCCGGCAGGAACAUGAUGGGCGGCGCUGCCAUCGAAGCUGCAAAGGCGUGGAAGUAUGUCAGCAAUUUCAGUCAAGAAGCGGGCAAGAGUAUCGGAAACGCUGCGGGCAAUACGAAAGAUUGGGUCGUCAAGCAUCCGGGUCAGACUGUGGGAAUGGUGGGAUGCGUGGCCGCUGCGCCCGUUGCUAUCGCUGUUGCGCCACUGGCCUUGGGCGCUGUGGGCUUUGGGUCUGGUGGAGUCGUUGCUGGAUCCGCUGCCGCUGCUGCUCAAGCAUCGAUUGGUAACGUCGUCGCUGGAAGUACGUUCGCCGUUCUUCAAAGCGCUGGAGCGGGAGGUGCUGGCCUUGCUGUGGUUAACGGUGUAGUGGGGACUGCCGCUACUGCGGUAGCGGUUGGUGCGACGGCUCCAGGUCUUGUUCGGGCUGCCAGGGAGGGUAAGGAGGAGAAUGAGGAUGCAGACUCCGAGAAGGAACCUAAGGAUGAAGGCCAUCGCGGCCCCAAGGAGGAGGACCCAGAAGACGAGGACUCAAGGCAGAAUGACUGAAGAGAAGAUUGGUCUAUGAGACCACAUGGGUCUCAGGGCUAGUGGAAGCUUGAACUGUUGAAGCCUUGGAUGUAGUACUCUCACGGUUUGUCUCGGAGGGGUUUUGGCGGAUC